AUGCUCAUCACUGUGGAGGGCUUUGACAGAACAGGAUUUCCAAGCCUUUUAUGGGAUUCUGUGGAAAAAUACACAAAUAUUGACACUACCUCUGGAGUUGCAGUUGUCUCCCUUGUCAUCCUUGUUCUUUCAAAUGUGCCAACUGUUCUGUUGCUGGGACACCGGAUGGCCGCUGCUGCAGCCAUGGUUUCUCCGGGCAGUGAGAAGAAGGCAUGGCUGAUUUUGGCGUGGGUGAGCACCGUGGCCGGAAACCUAUCACUGCUGGGAUCAGCUGCCAACUUGAUAGUCUGUGAGCAGGCUCGCCGUGCAGCUCUUCCUCCUCUUGGCUACACUUUGACCUUUGGGAACCAUCUCAAAUUUGGACUUCCCUCCACGCUCAUCGUCACUGCCGUUGGCUUGAACAUCAUCAAAUAA